AUGCGCGCGACACUCAUCCGUAGGGCAGGACUGCCAUCCUUCCCGGGCCUUAACCGACCCAACUCUGUGCCUCACUGGCAGCGACUCCACCAGAACCACGAUGGUGUGCGUCAAUGGGACAAGGGCCCACGUGCCAAGUACAUGCUCUACCCAUACUACGCCCUGCUCAUCUCCUGCACUGCUGCCACCCAGUACAUGAUGAUCCGCAUGGUCCUCGGACACAAGACCUGGUUCGGUGCGAAAUAA